AUGGCUUAUUCGAUCCAGACGUCGGUAUUUCUAGUGUUGUUUCUGCUCUCACAGAUCAAUGCAAUCCCCAUGUUUACUUCAACUCACAAGAAUGUAGCUUCUGAAGCCGAUCGUAUGAGUUUUCAAUGGUUGGAUGAAGGUGUUGCGUCAUUGGGCAAAAUAAACAAUUGGGGACAACAACAGACGUUUUGCUUUGAUGAAAAUGCGUCGUUGCAUAUCCGGAUGGACCCAUUAAACAGCACAUUGCAACCGACAUUGAUACAAACAUUGGGUCAAUCACGUGAAGCCAAUGUAUUGUUUCAUUUGACAAAUACUACUUUAUGGUACUUGCAGAAAACUGCGUGGCCAUUGCGGUCUGUAUUUUGGGCUUGGAGUGAGCUGCGUGUUAUUGUACAAAGUUCGAACAUUCGACUCUUGAGCUUCACAUUUGCACGAUCGCCAGGAUUACUGUGUCGUAGUGUGUUAAAAGCAACGCACCUGACUUCAGCGCUUGAGCAACAUAUGCCUCCAUAUGUGGUUGACGCAGUGGAAAAACUUCUCUACGUAGCCUCAAUAUUGGUGUGUGAGUAUUGUGUUCGUGGCUGCCCACUCCAGUGCAGAGAAUUGGAAGAUGACACUUUGUGCAUGCUGAAACUUAGUCCGUAUCAUGCACCAUGCAUUACGGUGACGGGUCCCGCAGAACCAUUCAUCGCGACGUCGACGCCAAAGUUGAGCUUUGAUUUCACGUUCUUUACCUAUAUAUCGUGGGUAUACGCACAAAAUUUCUUCCUAGGUCUGCUGCUAUUUUAUCUAUCUGGGUGGCUCUCGCGCUCUCGCACUUUUCACUACAUGCUAGGUGCCGCGGUAGGAGUGUUUUUCUCGGCAUUUCUGGCGCUCUAUCUUUUCCAGCGUCAGGCUCGGAAUGUUACCAACAUGUUGCCUGGUGCCCAGCUUGUUUCGUCGCUGGCUUCUGUGGCGACAGUGGCAGUUCCAGUGACUGGCUUUGUGAUUAUGCCCAACCUUUAUCGACUUGGAUCGUGGGCAAUCUCUUACCUUGUUUACGUAUGGAAUCGCGACAUUCUUUUUGGUAUCCCGCAUUUGGGCAAGAUCUACUUCGCCUUCUUUGCAUUUUUCGGGUGCAUCCUUGUUUGGUGGUACCAGUGGGGAGCCUCGGCUAAGCUAGAUUCAGAACCGCAGGAUGAAGAAGAAAUUGAGGAGAUUGGCAGCUUGGAUGACGAGCUGCCGCCGCCGACGAACUUGCAGCUCAUUAUAUCGCGUUUGCUGAAGUUACUGGGCAUGACAUUGCUUUUUUACAGCACGUCUUCAACAGAAGCCUCGCUCUUGCUGAUUCUUCUCGUAUCUAUUACGCGCGUCUUUGAAAUGAUAGCAACCAUUACGUACUUCUGGUAUCAUUUUGAAAAACCCGGUCGUCACAGUACUUUGAUUUCGACGUCAGAGUAUAUAGAACAAGGACAGAUUGAAACAGAGAGGGCGCUGGCACAGUUGCGGAACUACCUGAAGGAGAAUCCGGACGAACUGGAUAAAGUUCGAGAAGACAAUGAAAUUCGCCUUCGUCGUUUUACCAGAGGCCGCAACCAUUUGGAUACUGCCACGCAGGAGUCAAUGCUUUCGCGUCAACGCAACCAGAGGCGGUCAUUUUGGUCGUACUGCUCCAUCCAGUAG